CUUUUCCUCUGUUCUCAGCCUGAGCAUCCUGUGCUGCUACUGCUGUUUCUCUGUGGGACGUUCAAACUCAGACCCCAUCAACCUACAGUUUAACUGAGCCAAAAAAACAUCAGAGAAGAAAUAUUUGAUCUGAGGAGGCAUUUACAACAGGUAAAAUAUGUUAAAGUGGACUGUGCUCCUGUCUUUAUGUAUAUGCAUCACUUCUGCAGCAUUUGAAAAUCUUUUUGAACAAUACUCCAUUAUGGAUCCAGAGGAAGUCCUGAGUGUGACCAUUCCUCUGCAGGGGAAACAGCGCCCUCUACUGGGAGACACUCUGUUGCUGCCGUGUUACUUUGAGGAUCACACUAUAGAAGACCCUGGUGCUCCGCCCUUUGAUCCCCUAUCCUAUCGCAUUGUUUGGAGCCAUGUCACUAAAGAAAAGGUUUCGACCAUCCUGGUGGCUUUGGAGGGACGAGUCCGCAUCGGUGAAGAUUAUGUGGACAGAGUUCAACUACAGAGCUAUCCCCAAUACCCAACAGAUGCCAGUAUCGAGAUUUCUGAGCUGCAUUCCAGUGACACUGGGGUGUAUCGCUGUGAAGUUCAGAAGCACAUUGAGGAUAACUACGACACUGUCGAUGUCCAUGUUCAAGGUAUUGUGUUCCACUACCGGGCUGUAAUGGGCCGCUACGCUUUGACCUUUGAGCAAGCAAAGGUAGCAUGUGCCAUGAACAGUGCAGUCAUUGCUUCUCCUGAGCAACUUCAAGCAGCAUUUGAUGAUGGCUUCCACCAGUGUGAUGCUGGCUGGUUGUCUGAUCAAACAGUGAGGUAUCCUAUUCAUGAACCCCGUAUGAACUGCUAUGGGGACAAAGAAGAGCUUCCUGGUGUCAGGACCUAUGGAGUAAGAGACCUCAAUGAGACAUAUGAUGCUUACUGCUUCGCAGAUAGGAUGACAGGCAGAGUUUUCCACACAACUUCUGCUGAGAAGUUUACAUGUUCUGAGGCUGAGUUUGCGUGCUCACACCAGGGAGCUCAGCUAGCCACCACAGGUCAGCUGUACCUUGCAUGGCAGGGGGGUAUGGAUGUCUGCAACGCUGGCUGGCUGGCAGAUGGGAGCGUCCGCUACCCCAUCAACAUUCGGCGACCGCAGUGUGGAGGGGGUCUACUGGGGGUCCGAACUGUUCAUCUACACACAAACCAGACAGGAUAUCCACAUCCUAACUCCCGCUAUGAUGCCUUCUGUUACACUGAAUCCCCAGAUGAUGAGGGUUCAGGCAUAGAAGGGGGAAACGAUGUUCUGAUUGUAACCACAGAGACAAAAAAUCCAGAGGUGCUUUUGGGUAAGACGACCACAGAGACCGAAGCGGUUGGGGAGGUCGUAACUCUGGAACCGUUUGAUCUGAACUCCACCUACAGUGAAAGCCCCACCAAGCUGCCAACUCCUCAGCUAACAAAUGUCACAGAGAUCUCCUUUGACCUGAUUAAGGCUGUCACCAACCAGCCAGCUGUCGCCAGAGAGCCCAGCAAUCCCUCUGUCAACUCUUCAUCAGGUGUUGUCUUUCAUCAUCGCUCACCUACUGGGAGUUAUGCCUUCACAUUCGUCGAGGCCCAGUUAGCUUGCCAAGGUGUUGGAGGCUUAAUAGCAACACCACAGCAGCUACAGGAAGCUUAUGAGGCUGGAUAUCAUCAAUGUGAAGCAGGUUGGCUUCUGGACCAGACUGUGAGAUAUCCCAUUGCGUUUACUCAAGAAAAGUGUGCUGGAGACCUUCAAGAUUCUCCUGGAGUUCGGACAUAUGGCCGUAGACCAGCAGAUGAGAGAUAUGAUGUUUACUGCUACACUGAGGGGAACAAAGGAGAGGUUUUCCAUGUGGGUUCUGCUGAGGGUUUCACCUACGAUGAGGCUAUUUCUGCUUGCGAAAACCAAAGCGCAGUGCUGGCCUCAACUGCUGAGCUUUAUGCAGCAUGGAAAAACGGUUUGGACAAGUGUCGUGCAGGCUGGCUACUAGAUCACAGUGUUCGCUAUCCUAUCAACAGCCCCCGCCCUGGAUGUGGAGGGGGAAGAGUAGGGGUCCACACUUACUACUCAAAGCCAAACCAGACAUACUAUCCCGAACCACAUGCCAGAUUUGAUGCAUAUUGUUUGAGAGCUGACUUUCUGCCUGGAGCAAAUCAAACUGCAGUAGAGAUCCAGAAAACUCUACCUAAUGUGACGUCAGUUAGAGACUCAUCAAGGCCCGAUUUUUCCUCUAUUGUUCCUCCCAUCCCUGUGGAAAUUUCUGGUUCUGGCUCUGGUUCAGGAGACUUUGAUUCAGGCCAUGAAGGAGGACAGUCUGGAGAAAAGCAUAUCUCUAAAGACCAGGUUACCUCUGGAGAUCUGCCUGGUUCUGGAGACCAGGUUACCUCUGGAGAUCAGACUGGUUCUGGAGACCAGGUUACCUCUGGAGAUCUGCCUGGUUCUGGAGACCAGGUUACCUCUCGAGAUCAGACUGGUUCUGGAGACCAGGUUACCUCUGGAGAUCUGCCUGGUUCUGGAGACCAGGUUACCUCUGGAGAUCUGUCUGGUUCUGGAGACCAGGUUACCUCUGGAGGUAUUUCUGGUUCUGGAGACCAGGUUAGUGCUACAAGGACUGUGCUGCCCAGUGGAAGAUCAGGUUUGGGCAGUGCAAUUGAUCCAGAGUCAGGACUUAUUGAAGAAGGAUCUGGCAUCACAGUGGUUUUCUCUGGAGCUGACAGCUUUGCAUCAACAGAACGCUCUUCUUCAGGAGAACCUCAAGAGGCCGAAGAGGGAAGCACAGAACUUUUUAUCUACCCUUGGUCUAGAGCUGUUUCUGGAGAGCUUAGUGGAAGUGGAGAUAUGUCCGGGUUUGGAUCUGGAUCAGGAUUGGAUUCGGUGAGUAGUUUUCUAUCAGGAUCUGCCUCUGGAAGUGAAAUUGAACAAUCAGGACACAUUUCUGGAAGUGGAGAUGCUCACAUUUUUUUGAUAGAUGAAAAACUGAUGGAUCCAACUACUGCCAUGGAGGAGUUCAUGCUUAGUGGAGGUCCACUGACUUCCAGCGUUUCUGGAGACUUUCCAGGAUCUGGGAUUCACAGUGGGUCAAGCUCUGGUAUUGAAACUGACCCUUUUAAUAGUGUGACCUUUAUGGGUUCAGGCUUUACUGAACUUUUUGUGUCACCAUCUGGAGAGCAUGAAGAAGCUUCUGGCAGUUUAUUCUACAGCUUUGGAGAGGGAGGCGAGGGAACAUUUUCUGGAUUUGGAAUCUCAAGUUUAAGUUUUGAUUCUGGAUCAAGUUUCUCUGGAUCUGGAACAUAUACAGCCAGAGAAGAUGGUGUUACAUUUCUCACUCAGGGUCAAAGGACAGAAAUAACUGGAGAUGAUAAAGUUCCUUCAGAACAAAGAGAAUACUUAAUAGAAUACAGUGGAGAAGCAAGUGGUUUCUACUCUGGUGAUGGAGAAAAGGACCUUUCCUUCACCUCAGAGAUUUCUUCUUCAGAAGAAUUUUCCAAUCUAUCGAUGGUGGCUUUACUUGCUCCAUCAGUCGACCAAGUACUUACAGAGCCCAUCACAGAAACAGAGGACAGCACACAUGAAGCCAAACUGAUAGAGAACUCCAGAGUUCAUGUAACUCCAGGUCCAGAAUUAGUGCCUGCAGGACUAGCUGCUCCUUCUGCAGAAGCCAAGCCAGCUUUUGUGCAAACACCAGAGGUGAUAAAAGCCUCAAAUCCAUGUGAACCAAACCCUUGCGGUAAUGCUUCAUGCAUAUUAGAGGAAGGAGAUGCUCACUGCUAUGAGGCAGAAGUGUGCCAUCCAAACCCUUGUGCCAAUGGAGCCACCUGUGUGGAGAGUUCAGACUCUUUCAAAUGCUUAUGCCUGCCCAGCUACAGAGGGGAACGCUGUGAUAUCGAGGAGCAGUGGUGUGAAGAUGGCUGGACGAAGUUUCAGGGAAACUGCUACCUGCACUUCUCUGAAAGGGAGGAGUGGUUAGAUGCAGAGAAACGCUGCCGUGACUUGAAUGCACACCUUGUCAGCAUCAUCACACCAGAGGAGCAACAGUUUGUUAGCGCAAAUAUGCAGGAUUACCAGUGGAUUGGCCUGAAUGACAAAACAGUGGAGAAUGAUUUCCAGUGGACUGAUGGCACUCCGCUGCAAUACGAGAACUGGAAGCUGAAUCAGCCUGAUAACUACUUUAAUUCAAAAGAGGACUGUGUGGUGAUGAUCUGGCAUGAGAACGGCAAAUGGAACGAUGUUCCCUGCAACUAUCACCUGCCCUUCACCUGCAAGAAAGGACCAGUGUCCUGUGGAGCCCCACCAGUGGUGAAACACGCUCAUACUUUUGGAAAGAGGAGGCUGGUGUAUCCUGUCAAUUCCAUCAUCCGUUAUCAGUGCAACCCAGGAUUUAGACAGCGCCAUCUACCAGUGGUCCGGUGCCAGACUGACGGGCAGUGGGAGAAACCAAGAGUGGAGUGUACUGAUGUUAAAGCCAGGAACAGAAUAAAGGAAAGAAGCAACAGGAAUAACAACUUAAUUUAGUUUUUCAAAGAAAAAAAAAAGGGAAUCAUUAAAUAUCUUUUUCUAAUAUGAACCAAAAUGCUUGACUGGCCAUUAUAAGGCUGCUACGAUAUGGUAGCAAUUGUUUAAAACCCUCAUUCCUUAUAUAUACUGUGUAUGAAUAUAUUUAAUUUCUUUCAGUGUUUUAAAUAUAAAUUAUAAUUGUUUCUAUUCCUGCUGUUAAGUUUGAACAAAGAUCAUAUAGUAUGUUUCAGAACAAUUUAUUAUGUUUUAUUUUAUGUUGAAUAAUCUUCACGAAGGUGGAAGUGAAUGACAUGACGAGACUGUCUGCUUGAAAUGUUAACAGUGGGAUACACUGGCAGGUUGUUUAAUCCUGAUAAAGCAUCAUUUCACAAUGGUGCUAAUUUGGUGCUUUUUAUCUCAGCCCACAAAUGCCCCAGCUCCUAUAUAGGGUUGCAUUGCUUUAGCCUGUAUCAGUUAACCAGAUCUGCUGCAUUGUGUGCUGUAGCUCUGGCUUAAUGCUCGGUAAAAACACCUUAGAAAACACAUCUGGAAACCACAUGGACCCCGUUGUUAACCAAAGCUAUAUCAAUAUAUUAUAUCAAACCUGUAAAUUACAUAGGGGGGUAUUGUUUACCUCAUGCAGAAACACAAUAUGUUUUUUUUUUAUUGUCUAUCUGAACGUAUUAACUCUCUUCCUGCACAACUAUGCUAAUAAGGGUUUUGACUUUGAAUAAAAACAAGUACAAGACUGUAAAUGCAGCUGGAAGAGAAAAUAUUUAAACACAAAAACACCCAGUAUUUCUUUAAGAUCCCACUAAUAUGAAUUGCACACUGUAUUCGCCUGAAUGUACAAUACAGAUUUCUGAUUGUUUCAGCUUUAGCUUUAAUAUAAAAUAAAAACACAUCUGGCCAUUUAGGACAAAAGUCUGUAUAUCUUAAUGACUUGCAACAAUAAUUUAUGAAAGUAUUUUAUGGAAAAUACCAAAAUAUAAAGUGAAUAGGUCUAUUGUUUUUUUUUUUUUAUAUAAUCUUUCACAGUUGAGAAGCAGGUACUUAAUGAACCAACAUUUGGGGCCUAGAGGCCAGCAGGAAUACUGUUACAAAUAUGCAUCUUGUCCAUUGGCUGAAGGUUUAGCUCAUUGUGACUUUUGCUCCAAAAACAUAUAAAAAAAUGAGUUUUUUUUGUGCAAAAAAUAAAUGGCUGGAUAAGAAUGUGACCUUUAAAGCAUUUUAACUUGGGAAAAAAAAUUUACUUUUGGAUUGCAAAGAGUUCUGUUUGGUUAUAUGAGACUACAGCAGCAGCACAGAGCUCCAUGUUUUUGGUUUGGGGAAUAAUAUAAAAUGCUUAAGACGAUUAGUUUGUCAUGUUGGGUUUAUUUACAGCAUUUUAUCUGUGUUUUCAUUUAUCACAUUUCCUAGUUCUGUGCAGUGCACAAGUGCUCUCUCAUGUUUUCAACUCAAGAGGAUAUAACCUUUAUGUAAACUUCCAGCUCUUUGGGCUUUAUGUCAUUUGUGCCUUUGAGUUUCAUCACUGUUGCUGCUUGCCGGGGCUGUGCCUCAUGUUAUCACCUUCUGCACAAUAAAGCAA